AUGGAGAAGUCUCUCAGGGAUUUGAAGCUGACAAAUGAUGAAUUAAACAGAUUAGGAAAGGCUUUUAAGGAUCCAAAGUUUUGUAAAUUAUUUGCUGAAUAUGCUGAGGAGCUCAACGAUCCUGAAAAUAAGCGCAGAUAUGAGGAAGAGAUCAAGAUGGCCGAGAUGGAGCGGGGUGUCGACGUUGAGUUCAUUAAUCCAACACCGUUCUGCGUCCUCAAGUCGCGAAUCUGGCCCAGUCUUGCGUCAGAAGUAGGAAAUGAUAAUCAGCCACCUAUAGAGGCCUCCAAAAUGAUAGAGGGCCAGAAGGUGUUUAUCAACAUCUGCUCCUCAGACAAGCUGGGAAGGCCCGAAGUAAUUCCUGGUGGGAAUAAAGACCCUCCCACGUGGACUAUUCCACACUCCUUCUCUCCUCCAAUGGAAGAUUUGGACAAGGAGAACAAGCUGUGUCUGGUCGUCGAUGUGGUGUUUCACCCCGAGGCGAUUGAGCGUUCAAAGGGCUUAAAAUUUCUGCGCAAUUUGCUCCAUGCUACCGCGGUGGAGGGUGUACACCGACAAUUUGGUUUCUUCCUCGGUCUCACCAGAGAACAGGCCAAGACCGCCUGGUUGUCGUCACGCUUAGAAGAAAAGUCCAUUCUCGCCUCAGUGCGUCUCCUCAAGGGUCUGACUCAUAAAGGUCUCCUUAGAGCUACUGUUAUUCGUCGGAAGCGCGCUGACUUUGCGCAAUGCCAGGAGCGGCUGGCGGAGGCGGAGAAGGCGGCGUUCGAUGAGGCCCGCAGUGGUCCCAAUGCCAGGGAGAGUUUAGCCGCUCUCGCCAAGUACAAGCGAUGCUUGGAUGAGCAUAUGGGGACUGUUGAAACGACGCCUGAAGGGGAGGAGACGGGUCUGUCAUCGAAGUACAAAAAGCCUGAUGUCACGAUCACCCACAGCUCAGAAUUUGAUAUGCUGGACUACACUAACGACUGCUGUCAUGAUAUCCGCUCCACGCGGCCCACUGCCAUCAAAGUGGAAAUCGCCUUACCGGGUAUUGAAUCUGCAGCCUGCUUGGAUCUCGAUAUCACGGAGAGGAAGUUACACUUGCAAUGCGAGAAACCCACAGCAUAUCAAUUGGAACUAGACUUACCGUACCCCGUGGAAUCGGAAAAGGGAAAAGCAAAGUUCAACAAAUCUACGCAUGAACUCCUUCUAACAUUUCCCGUAAUUCCGGCACCAGUAAUAAAGCCAGUAAUGGCUGAGUCAAAGGCCAAGGCAGAAGCCGAAUCACCCAUUGACAACUCUGUGCCUCUAAUUGAGGUUCUACCGUCUACAACUAAACAACCGGAUGGAGGCGACAGUGUUACGCCUGUUACUGCUGAGAUUGAUGAUUUUUUGUCUUCUGGUAAAAAACGUAGACGGAAGAAGCGUGGGAAACAUUCUAAUUCGAUCAGCGAAUCCGGGUCGAGUGUAGAUCCCCCUAACGGGGUCUCAGCGCACACCGUUGAGACUAUGCAUGCAAUCAACUUGCAUCGGCUGCCAUCGGUAAAGCUGGUAGUUCCAAAGACAUCGUCGUUGGCUUCAGUGCGAGUUCGACAGGACUUAGCGUCAUUCACAGUGGUGGUGGAAGUGCGCAAUGCGCUGCCCAAAUCGUUGCAGCUCGCAUGGUCGGCCGGCGAUGAUGCUCUGCGGCUCAUGCUGACUUGCUCAAGUCGCGGCACGGGUGAAUGCACCCUGCAGUGGGGCGUCGUGAUGCACUGCCCUGCGCCUACGCUCUCCCUCCAUGAGGGGCAGCUGGACGACGGUGGUGUUGAUGCAGAUGAUGACGCCGGCGGUGAGCAACCACGAGAGGUACCCGUUGCGGGAGGCUCACCAAUUCCGACAGAACUGCCCGUAUGCCCUCCGAACGCCAUCUGGCAAAUGUCGAGCGUUAGCCUGGCGGUCCAAUCUCCAGGCUGUGUCCAAUUCUCAAUUCACGAGAGGCCGCAAAAUCGGGUGCAAGAGACGACUGGAACUGAUAACUCCGUGGUCCCUCCUUUACCCACCGCUGCCACUGUCAACAAAUGUGGGUCUGUUGAUUCGGACAGUGGAUUACCUUUAAGGGGAAUCUUGAAACAGCGGUCGACGUCUGAGAGCAGUCUGGACGGUUGUGGACAGACGCCCUUCGGUAGCAAUCUGGCCGCCUUUCCUUCACGGUUUGUGUGCUCCGAUGAGUUUCCAUUGAAUAGUGAGGAUGAACCGGUCCUCCCUCCAUCCACGCCGAGGAAACAUGACACCGCUCCUGUCCCCCAGGAUGCAAUUGUUCGCCCCUUAACCCUUGGUCGACGACGGGGCAAUUCGGUGAACUUCUCCAAGAAGGACGAAAAUGUUGCUUUCUCUCCCUUUGACCCCGUCCAAACUUUGCACAAUUUGCUUCGUCAUAAGGCGAAAAAUGCGCGUCGAUCGGAACGCCGAAAACGGCACAGCUUCACCGCGUCCAGCAUAACGCUAAAUGAGAUGCAAGCGACGAGUGAGCAUGAUGCGGGCGAGAAAGAGCUGUCACCGCAUACUCAAAAGGGCAAACGAAAGCAACAACGUAAAGUAAAGAAGGGGGAGUAUGCCAAGGAACAGGCUCGGCUACGCCGCGACUCAGAUAAGAGCCCUGUAGAAAAUGGGGCCAGUGGCGCUUCUGCACCGUGUCUGAAAAGUGAAAACGAACAGGAAAAGCCAUCAUUCCCCAAACAGGAGUCAGGAAAGGUAGGAAAAUCUGAUGGCAAUGGGUCUGGAAUAUGGAAUUUGAACGAAGUAUUCAACAGGGGACAUCCUUCUAAUCCACACGCUACUGUUUGUCCUGUCACAUUGACCGCCAGUGCAAUAUUUGAAUUGGAUGAAGAGUGA